CUUGAUGCCUUUGAGCCUUGGUCCAGGUUGCAAUAGCGUAAACGAGAUAGGGAAUCCCUGAUGCUGAACCUGUUCCGAGAACUAAUAAUCCAUUGACCGCUCUUCUCUCUCUACUCUCACCGUUUGAAACUGUCUUGACCCACUUGCUGGACCUUCUUCUGGCCUAGACAUCGCUGAGAUGAUGUCGCAACGUCUACUCGUACAGCCUGAAGCUAUCAUAGGCACACUCUUCGCCCUUGUACUCGGCCGAUGGCUGUACAAUUACCUUCGCGUCAGACUCGAGGUGCUUGGUCUGCCUACGACUCAUAGCCUUUUCGAGCUAUUUGAGUCUGGCAUUCGAUCCAAACUACCUCAAACCCCAUUCGUCUCGCCCGUUGCCUCUUUGAGUCUACAAAAACCAUUCGAAAAAUACGCGAAUGCCAAGACGGAUCUUUUGGCGUUUACUCAAGCGACAACCCCUUACGCAGUGUAUGCAACGGCCAAUCCGUCAGUCGCGGCGUCGAUAUCGAAUAAGCCGGCGAAGUAUGUAAAGCCGGUGAGAAUGUUUCGGUACCAAGCCAUCAACAGGUUCGGACGACAGAUUGUCUCGGCUCAGAAUGGGGAAGAACAUAAGCGCCACAAGGGAGUCGUGAGGGCUUGCUUUGGGAAAGAGAUCAUGGAAACUGGUUGGACCACAAUGGUCGACGCAUACCAGGUCAUGUGUCGAGAAGAGGGCCUCGAGAAUGGUGGGAUCCUCAAAGAUGUCAAGGAGGUUUUGGCCAAAGUAACGCUCUUGGUCAUUGGCUCCGCUUCAUUUGGUGUCCAAUUCCCUUACAAUUCUUCAACGUCUGAGGACGCACUCAUGCCAUUCAGUGAUGCGAUCCAGCUCGUUGAGACAUCCAUGAUAUUCCAGCUACCGCUUCCGCUUUGGUUAAUGACUUGGUCACCUUUUCCCUACCUUCGACGAUGUGCCAAAGCUCAGCGAUCCAUGGUCAAGCACAUAAAUGAGAUGAUCGCUUCCCGACGAAAGCAAACCACAGCUCUGCAAGCGACACUCAGUGCAGAUGAACAAGUUCUCACGCAGAGAGACAUCCUCGGUGCUCUCGUCGCCAGCCAGAUCCAAGUCGAAGAGGGGAAGAAAAAGAAUACCGCAGGGCUGACUGCCGAUGAAAUCUUUGGUAACGCUUUCAUCUUCAUUGUCGCGGGUCACACCACCACAGCCCAUACCCUGACAUUCGCUCUGGCUCUCAUGGCUUUGUAUCCUCAGACCCAGGAAGAUAUCGUUCAAGAGUUGGCAUCAGUCUGCGGCGAUGAGUAUCCGACAUACCGUCACAUGUCCAAACUCCCUCUGACUCUCGCAACAAUGUACGAAGCUCUCCGACUCUGAGAUGCCGUCAUGUUCAUCCCCAAGGUCGUUCUGGAGGACUCUCUCAUCCCAUACACAACAUGGGACGAAGAUGGUAAUGUGUCGCGCCAUGAAAGGUUUAUCAGAGCCGGCUCUCACGUUGUGAUCGAUUCGCCUGCUUGUUCAGUCAAUCCGUUCUACUGGGAAGACCCAUUAGAAUUCAGACCUAGACGACAUGUGGAUGAACGAGGAUUACACAUCAAAGAAGGAUUCACUGGUUUCUCA